GUGCCCCUGAAGAUUUUAUUUUGAAGCAAUCUCUACAGCCAACAUGGGGCCUGAACUCACAACCCCAAUAUCAAGAGUCACACGUUCUCCUGACUGAGCCGGCCAGGCGCCCCCUAGUUUGUUUUUACACCUGUGGGUGCAGGUAGACAGGGCAGAUUCCAUUUCGGGGAAAUGGGGGCCCCAGAUUAUUUUGUAAUAAGGUGGCCUGGGUCUAGAAGGCUGGAAUCCCCUAGAAGGCAGAGACAGGAUCUCUUUUGGUCAUUCCAGUAUCCCCAGUGCCUGGGACACCGCUGGUGUUCCAUAAAUGCUCACUAGUGACUGAAUGAGCAUUCUAGCCAAGCCCUCGAUCCUUUAGCAGGCUUUUGUAGCUUUGACAAUAACGGGACACUCGGGCACUCGGUGGGCAGGGACCAGGGACGCUGUCCAUCUGGCCUGAACCCCUCAGCAGUUCCUGGGAAGGCCCUGCCCCAGGAAGGCUGACGCGGCACAGGCUGGCCACCUCCUGGCUUGCCUGCCCUCAGACCUGGGGGAGUGUGCAGGAAGGAAGGCCGGCCGGGGUUUAUUUUCGUCCGUGGCCCGCUCCCCCGGGAGAGCAGUCAUCUCCUUGUCUGCCUGCUUGGAUGGGGGUUUCUGGCAGAACAAUGGGUCGGGGAGGAGGGGGGUCAUGCAGCUGGGCUAGCCCAGGUGUUAGCAGGUCUGGGGGCUGGCUGGAGGGGUUAGGAGUGUGGAGGCCCGGAGGGAGGCUGCAGCUGCCUCCGCCCACCCCCUUUUCCUUCUGGGCUUAGGAGGGAGGUCCUGCUGUGGGCCUAGCUACCCUCCGGAACCAGCACACUCAACCAGCACUUGCAGAUUGGAAAGCCAAGGACCAGAGAGGGACAGAGUCCCCCUCCCCCGUCCCCGAGGGUCACACAGCGAGAUAGGCAGCAAGACCUGGGAUCCAGGGUGCUUGGGGUCCAGGGAAAGACCUUUCUCUCCCUGAGCCUGUUUGUCCAUCUGUAAACUGGGGGACUGACCCCAAAGCCUUGGGGGUUCCUUCUUGUUACUGCUGUUUGUGGACAUCCUUUCCCUCAUGCAUUCAAUAGACACUUAAGGGGCGCCUGCUGUGUACCAGGCCCUGGGCUGACCGCCGGAGGCACCGUGUGAACAAGGGAGCCCCAGCCCCUGCCUGCACCGUCAGGCCAGGGAGAUGAACAGCGAAAUCAAGGUGUGCAAGGCCAAAAUGGAGCAUGCCCGGGGCGCCAUGGGAGCCAAGGGGACCCUGGCCCUGCCUAGGACACCCAGGAAGGCUUCCAGGAGGAGGGGACUGCAACACUGAGACUUGGAUGAGCCGUUUAUAGGAUGAGUACUAGGGAGAGGAGGGGUCCUGGUACAGGGAAUGGAAUAGAACAUUCUAGAGAAAUUGGUGGGAAGGCAUCUGGGCAGCACAGGUACUCUUUGUGCCAAGUGGCCAGCCUGAAGCUGCCGCUGCCCUUUUUCCAGAGAACGUCACGGAGAAGUAGGGCUGAGCCUUCAGGGAGCUGAAUGGCAGAAUUCUAGGCGGUGGCAUCCAGCCCCUUGCCCAGGGAAGGGGGGCACUGGGGUUGGCCACAAGCUCCUGCCCUAGGACAGAGUUAGUUCAAUCUUCCCCAUUUUACAGAUGGGGAAGCUGAGGCACAGGGCAGUUAUGUUGCUUAAGUGGUCAGAUCCGGGAGCAGGUCCUAAAUACUGGGGCUGGAUUUGUCACUGAAACAGCUCCUGGCCCUUGAGAACUCGAGGUGAUUUGCAGGCAUCAAAUGGGGAAGGUGGAGAGAGGCCCGAAGAGGCAGUCAGUUGCUGUAUUGCUGUGUGGCCUCGGGGAGGUGGCUCAGCCUCUCUGAGCCUGUGUAAUUUCUUCAGCAAACUGGCAACCAGCCUACUACCUGGCGGAAAUGAUGAAACAGGCACACGCUGCCGGCUCAGGGCCUGCCACGUGGUGCCGAGUCAGCAGCACCCCUGCUCUGGCCCAGGCCUACGUAGCCCCACACGCUGGUGACGGUGUGGGGGGCAGGGAAGGCAGUCCCGCGAUCCCCGUGCCCACCCUGACCUCUGAGGGCAGGCGAGGGGGCAGCCCAGGGGGUGGGACUUCUCUCAGGGUGUGAGCUCACACAAAGACGGGCUUUGUGGGGGCUCUGGGGGCUGAGCGGGCACACACGUGGCCUUCCUGGCCUGGCCGGCCAGGGGCCCGCGAUGGGGGUGGAUUCUACCAGGACCUGGGGCCACGGGUGAGGCGGGGGUGGGUCUCAGGCUCGCCUCCUUCAUUCUUCGGGAGUCUCCAAAGACAGCAGGGCCGAUGGACGCCUUUAGCACCAAGAGCCUGGCCCUGCAGGCCCAGAAGAAGCUCCUGAGCAAGAUGGCAUCCAAGGCCACCGUGGCCGUGUUCAUUGACGACACGAGCAGCGAGGUGCUGGAUGAGCUGUACCGCGCCACCAAGGAGUUCACCCGCAGCCGCAAGGAGGCCCAGAAGGUGCUUAAGAACCUGGUCAAGGUGGCCGUGAAGCUGGGCGUCCUGCUCCGCGGCGGCCAGCUGGGCGGCGAGGAGCUGGCGCUGCUGCAGCGCUUCCGCCAGAGGGCGCGCCGCCUGGCCAUGACCGCGGUCAGCUUCCACCAGGUGGACUUCACCUUCGACCGGCGCGUGCUGGCCGCCGCCCUGCACGAGUGCCGGGACCUGCUGCACCAGGCCGUGGGCGCGCACCUGACCGCCAAGUCCCACGGCCGCAUCAACCACGUCUUCGGCCACUUGGCCGACUGCGACUUCCUGGCGGCGCUCUACGGCCCCGCGGAACCCUACCGCUCGCACCUGCGCCGCAUCUGCGAGGGCCUCACCAGGAUGCUGGACGAGGACAGCAUAUGACCUCUGGGCCUGGGUUUCCUGCGGGGGCGGGGCGCGGGGGCGGCUCUAGAACGCUUUUUCUCCCAUCCGAUGCUGGCCAAAUCCCCGGGGCAGGUGCCCGUCCCCUUGGAGAGGAUGCUAAUCCGUGGGAAGCAGCGGUUUUGGAGACUCUGGUCGCCUCUCCCUCCGCCCCGUCUCCAGAGAAGAGGAGCUCAGCCUGCCGGCCCUCGGCCUCCCUGGGCACCCCGACUGCUGCCUCCCCAGGCCUGCCUGACCUGACCUGACCUGCAUCACCCCUCCAGCCCCCAGAUGCCUCUGAAAGUUGGCGCUCGCCACUUAAUGAUGGGAACAAUGUUGCCUGUUCCUCGGGACGGGGUCAUGGUGAACCGGAAGAAAGGGAGUGUUAUGGGAUGAGCUGCGUCUCCCCAAAUUCUUUGAAGUUGUAGCCCCCAGGACCUCUGAAUGUGACCUUCUUGGGAAAUAAGGUCGUUGCAGAUGUAAUUAGAUCAGACGAGGUCACGCUGGAGUAGGGCUGGGCCCCUGGUCCUUGUAGGAAGGGGACACUCGGAUGCAGACAGAAGGCGGCAGCGUGUGAAGAUGGGGGCAGACAGUGGAACAGCCGUCGGAAGGAACCGGCCCAGUGGACACCCUGAUCACAGGCUUCUGGCCUCCGAACGAGAGGGAACACAUCUCUUGUUGCUGCCUCCGCCUGGCCAGGGGCACUCGGCUCCAGCAGCCCCAGGGCAGGAGCGCCGGGAGCCACGGAGAGCGCUGGGUGGCUGCUGUCAGCGAGGACGCCUCGACAGGGCUGGAAUGGCAGCCCUGACUCCCACAUGGGAGGGGUCAGAGUGAGCCCCUGACGCGGGGCUGCAGGGUAAAGCCAUCUGAGAUGCACGCCCAUUUUAAGAUGAUUAUCUCACAUGUGUUGGUAGACCAACAGCUGGUUUGACGAGACCUCAGAAAGCAACCUCGACCAGUUUUGGCUUUGGCAACACUGGAGGAUGCAAUGAUUCUCAGGGCGCAGACGGACACAUGGGGUGUGUGGGUGUAGCUGUGAUUCUUGCUUCUCAGAGGGGCAUGCAUUCUAGCCGGCUCCGUAGCACUGUGGCAGGUGCAGCCGGCAGGGCUGGGAAGGUUGUUGGGGCACCUGCGGGGUGGGGGAGGGGGGUCAAGGUCUCAUGACUAGCUGUGCGGGACCGGCUUUGUGGGGCAAAGCUUUCAAACAGGAGGCCUGCAGGCCUUUGGAGGCGAGAAGAUGGGUGUGGUCGGUCCCAUCCAUUGUCUGAGGCUCCUGGUGUUAGUCAAGGAAAUCGCAUGCACCCAUCUAGAUGUGGACUGUUUCUCGGCAACUUGCCUGAGCCCGCACUGGCCACCAGUGCUGCUGCAUCGACAGUUCCCCUCUGACCUGCCGUAGUCCCCACCAUGCCCUUUUGCUUCCCCCUGGCCCCCUGCACUGGCUGACAGGGCACUAUUGCCCCAGAUGCAGGAUGGCCUUUCUCUGGGUUUCUGCUUCCCUGAGAAAGCCAAGAUUCUCCUGCCUGAGAGCCAGGCCCUCUGCCCACUUCUGCCCCAUGCCACUAAGACAAACCAGCCCUCCCAUCUUCCAUCAGGAGACAGAUCUUCACAUUCAAGGACAAAUGUGCAUUCUGAGCACCCGAGAAGCCCCAGAGGAAAGAAAGUCUUUGUCCUCGGCUUUGCACACUGAACCCAUCAAUGUGCACAACGCUUUGUACUGGAGCCCUGCUGGGCUCUCCGGCCUGUCUUGACUCUUCAUAAAUUUGAGAUUUAAUUUAGAAAAACCAAAGAGCACUACAGAACUAUUUCAAUAAAAGCACACGUCUUCCAUUUGCAUUAUGUGGGACUAGCAGUUAAAUUGCUGGUGCUGGCUGACAGCUUUCUCUUGCCCUCCCGGGCUCCUGCCUUUCAAACCGAGCUUGCAUGUAACGUCACAUGCCCGCGGUCCCUUGCUGCCAGGUUCAAGUUCUGCUCCCGCGGGUGCCGGGAGGUUGGAUGCAUGGGCCUGCAGAGCUUGGCCUGUGCGCGCCCAAACUAGGCUUCAGCUCAUCAUGACCACAGGCCCGGAGGCCAGGGUGGGUUCCUUUUCGAGUUUACCUGAAAGAUCUACAAAGAUGCCCGCAAAUGGCUGGUGGGGGCAAGGGUGACUAGUUUGCAUCCAAUGUCCUGCCGUGUCCCGGGACAUGGGAGCUAUCGGCUCUGCUGGCCCCCCGGGGUUUGGAAGUGGUAAGUGAUUCCAGGCUGACCGUGGACGCAUCCGUCCCUCCUGCUGGGGUUGGGCCCACGUGCCCCGUGGCAGCCCCGGAUGCUGUGGCACCCCCGUCAGUUUCCAGCUGCCUCGUUUCUGCAGGGGGCCCUGGGCGGCCAUCCAUCUCCGGGGUGCUGUGAAGACGCACUCAGUUUUUCUGUCCACUGAACCCCAAAGCCGGAGCGGCAAAGGCUGCUGGGCCCUCCCUGGGGUCCCUGUGCUCACCAGACCUCAAAGCGCAUCUGGUCUUGAGUGGGGUGAACCCCCUGUGGACGCGUGUGCCCUUGAGAACUUCUCUCACAAGCGGCGUGGCUUGUGUGCUGGACAGUGAGGGAUGGCGGAGUCCUUCCCCCCCGAGCAUCUCCGGGGCCACGCAGGCCCCUGCAGCUGAGCUCUGAGAACAGCUGUCCAUGCUCCCAUGCCGGUCAGUACGCUCUGUGGGUGUGGACAGAGGGACAGUCCCACUCCACUUCCGACAGGUGUACGAUCUGGGGCAGGAACCCUCACACCUGUUUCUUCUCCGGCAAGUGGGGUCACCGCCGCACCCAGGUCCUCCGGCCGGCACGAGGGAGGCCAGGCAAGUGAAAGGGGAGGUGAGUCCUCUGUCGAUCUCACACAGUGAUUCCGAAGAGCAAGGAUUCCACUUCAAUAGCCCUUGGUUUCUUUUCUCCUCGUUUACUUGCGAGAAGGCCCAGUUGGAGGGCAGGCUGAAGGGCAAGCUAGGUCAGGCUCCCAGGCCCCACUGCUGGGCGACCAGGGCCCUUCUGAGUGGCUGGGGCAUUUGGGGUUUUAUUUCUUUGUUUGCCUGUGGGGGUUUGUGGUUACUGUUGUUUUAAGUCGCCACGUGCAACCCGGCUUCCAAAGCAAAGCGACGCCAAGUAGCCAGGUUCAGAAGAGGUNG